GGUUUGAAUGUCGAAGGGAGAAUACGUUCCUGAACACGCUGAGUGAUCUCCCAUGUGGUGUUCGAGGUAUUUUAUGCAGUGUUGGUAGUGGUGGUGAGAGGCAAGAUGGUGUCCAGUGUUUGUCGUGGAUCAUACCCGAGCAUGACCCCACAUGCCUCCCCUUCACGAAAACAACACAUUGACCCCCAAAAGGAUUACUUUUCUCCUUUGCAAGUGGAAACGUCAGUCGAGUAUGACCUACCCGCACAUAUUUAUCCUCCCAAGGAUAGUGAACCCAUCCUCAUGAUUCACCCAGGAUAUGUGUCGGCGGUGAGAGCCCGAUCAAGGGCCGUUGUAACGCCUUCGCCCACUGCCAUGGUUGCCACCUCAGGAGCAGCCCGUCCUUUGGCUCCGUUGCAGCUUCCCCAGCAGCAACAGCAGCAGGGGUCGAGUGCGAGGGCGUCCUCCUCGAAAAGUGUGCUGCAACAGAGGGCCUAUUGUACAUGUGGCAAUCCCAACUGCAAUUCCUCUAGUGUCAAAUCGGUCAGCAAUCUACAGAGUGCUGCAGCGAUCGUACAAAAUGUUCAAAGUCAGAGUGCCAGAAGUGUUCAGAGCCUAAAGAGUGUUCAAAGUCAGAACUCGGCGAGUGUUGUACCGAGUGCUCGUGAUGUUAGUAUUAUGGGGAUUAGUACUGCAAGAAGUGCGUCUGUGUUACUUCCACCACAGCAGCCACAGCCACAGCAACAACAGCUACAACAGCAGCAGCAGCAGCAGCAGCAGCAGCAACAACAACAACAACAAUCUCAGAGUCAGCAACAGUCACAGAUAAUCUGGGGUAAUGGUGGACGCUGUCUUGGCCCCUGCUGUAAUCCAAGGGCUGGUGCUAUGGCUCCUUUACAGGCGGAAUUCGUGGCGCCCGGCCUUCCACCUUCCCUUCUCGCCCGCACGCCCACCAGAGGCACUGCGGGUGGAUCGCCCAAGUUAAGGGCAGCCAGGACAAGGCGAGGCCUGUCUGUGGCUAGUAGUGUCAAUCUCCCAGAUUAUUUGGGCAACAGUCGACCUGCAAGGGUGACGGGUGGAGCCGUUCACGCCCAUCCCCGCCCAAGGGCACUAUCUACCUCUAUGGGUGCCUUGGCUGCAACGCCUGCGCCUCCUAUGGCACAUCAGCACAUUGGCAUGGGCGCCUCUCUGACCACGUCCCUGGAUUUGGCGAGAGCGCAUCCCCUCACCCCAAGAUCUCUGAUGCCCAUGCAGCAGCAACAGCAGCAACAACAGCAACAGCAACAGGCCGUCACAACCUCAACUUCGUCCCUCCUGUACACCGUGGGCCUCUCCAGAGAUUCCGGAUGCUCCGUGGGUGCAGAUACCGCGGGCGGAGAAUGGUCGGUUGACAGAACAAGAGGACUUGUGGACUCUGGAUUCUGCACCCCAGUUGAUCUCACUGAUGAUUUUGUAGCAGAUACGCUUAGUCUUGGUGCCACUUGGAAGGAGCCCUCGACCCCUCUAUCCUCAACAAUGACCUCUUCAAUUAGUAGCAGUAGUAGCAGUGGCAGCAGUAGCAGUAGUAGCAGCAGCGGCGGUGUCCAUACCUCUUCUCUCCUGCCAGGAGUCGCCCAUUCGCAUCACUACCUCCCACAGCCCUUAUGGAACUUGGCUUACUAGAAGGGCGUCGUGAUACGCUUAACAAAAAUAAUAAACCAUUGUGUAAAGGCACUGACUGGGGCUGUCGAAGUCUUAGGGGGCGUUGUUGAGAUCACCACGACUAUACAACUGCAAGUCUCUCUUGAUGAUCAUAGUCAUCAUCAUCUGAACCUUGAGUGGAACCUUCAAGGAACGCCAUUCCUCUUGUUUUCUUCCAGCUUGAGCACAACACAGAAGCUGUAAGAACCUUUUUUUUUUUUUAGGAGUCAAAAAUACAGUAGCUAUAAACUAACGCUAAAUAAAGGGUUUAGGUGCUAUAGUAUCUCUUCAUAGUUGUUUGGCGAAGAAAGUAGACUCGUUUCCAUCUGUAAUCAUCGUUAGUCUCUGUGAUGUGAGUGUUUUUUAGAAGACCGGUAGACGUUGUAGACAUGACUUCCUUGUUUUGUUAGAUAAAAUCUGAGAGGAUGAAGCCAUGAAUCUCUCUAGCUCUAGCUACUGGACACAGCAGACGCCCCCUUCUUCUUCUGUCGUCGUCGGCACCCCCGCCCCCCCCAGCGGGGUGCAAUUCUCAGAACCAACCAACACUGUGCUGUGAUAUGCCGUGCUGGCCUACGGAGCCUCGUCGUCGCCAUCGUCAGUUCUCCUUCUCCUCUUCCUCCUCCUCCUCCUCCUCGUCGGCAUUGUUGUCAUUAAGCAGUGGAAUUCAUCGUCAGUCGGGUCCGUGUCAAAUUCGAGAGUGUCGAGAAAGAGAAGAAAUCAAAGAAGAAGAGGAGGUAUAAUAAAACUAUCGUUGCCUCCGGAAGAUGACCGAAGCGUCUCAUUCAAUGCGUGAUGGUGGUCGAUUGCGAUCAGCAUUUGCUGCUCUUCUCGCUCCGCUUUUAAGCUCUUCAAGCUCUCGUGACCUCGACAUGUAAUCAUCGACCGUCUGCACUCAUCAUCUGUUGCUUCAGUUUUGUCAUCCGUUAGUCAUCACUUGCAUAGUCAUAUUCGGGAGCGACGUCUCAAAAAAGUCAUGAUUUCAAUGAGCCAUUUUCCCAGGAAUAAUAAUGUUCCUCCUUUCUCGAACUGUCACUUUACAUCUCUCUCUUUCUGCCUCGCUCGCUCACUCGCUCACUCACUCUCACUCACUCACUCACUAUCUCUCUGAGUAUUUGUUAAAACGACAUCAUCACCAUCACUUCUUUAGGCUAACGAGGAAGGAUCGCGCUCGCUCUAAUGUCAAAAGGGAGAGUCACCACUGCUCGAAAUUACAGAAGUAUCUCAUGGUCUACUUUUAAGUGUGGAAACUUAUGGGUGUGCUUAACUUACGGGAAACUUUUAAUAUUUAAUGACUGUAAUUAUAAUGAUGAUAACAAUAACACAGGGGUUAGAUAAGUCGGUGAAUGUUGUCUUUCUCUUACUUGGUUAGUUUGUUAGUCCUCUUGAUUAUGCCAAGUCACUCCAUCCUUAGGCAAUAUAUUUCACUGUUCUCUCUAAAGAGUCUGUGACCCCAAAUCCCUUUUCCCCAAUUUUAUGUGGAGAAGUUUCUGGAAAGGCACAAAGGCACGGGCGGUGGGCGGGUCCUGCUCACUUCAGUGUACUUUCCGAAUAAUGCAUGCAAGCAUAUGUUCCUUAUACUCAGAUGGAAGCUGAUGUUAUUAAUAAUUAGUGAUAAUGUUGUUCCCCGAGAAGGCCUGACGACGCCCAGCCCCCCGGGGCACAUGUGCCCUUCCAAAAGCUGAACCAUGUCUUCUGCACAAAAGAAAUGAUGCUUAGUGGAAGUUUAAGAAAUAAUUAAUAAUGAUAAAAAAACAUCUGUGUACUAAAGGCUUGUCGGCAUUAUGUAGUGUUUUUAUGUAAAGUUGAGUAGGAUUUUUUUCUAAGGUUAAGUAAGGUAGGAAGAAGCGAGAAGGUUUUUCCAAGACAAGUUGGAACUAGACUGUAGUUGUUCAUCUUCAUUUCAGCUCUUUCGAAAAACAAUAAAAAUACGCUUACUAGAUUUCAUGAUUCAUUGUCUUUUUGUAUGGAAAUAUACUCAUCAUCUGCCAUUCAUUUGUUAAGACUUACAUUUAGGUUGUAUAUUUUUAGUCCUACUUUUUAAGUUAUAUACUAAUGUUAUUUAUAGUCCUCUGUUUAAUUCAUCAUAGGCUCCUGAAGUCAUUCUUGAAUUCCAUCUCAUUUCUUAGUGUUUUUUGAGCUUGACACUGUAGCUGUGUUUUUACGUUUUGUUACGCCAGUUUUGUUCACUCAUCAUUUUCACUAAAUGUAUGGAUACAUUGUAUCAAUGUUUAAUUAAUAAAUUUCGUGUCGGAAGAAGACAUUGAAGCAGUCGAGGGAUAAUAGUUGUGGCAUUCAUUGAUGUGCGUAAAGGAUAUUUGCUUCUGUUUUCAUUACCACUCUGUCCAAGUGGGACUCUUCAUGCAGAAUAUCUUUGCAAGUUUGCCAGUCACGUUUCAGGUGAAAAUAAUCCCAGUGGUUAUUAUACAAUGUUUUUGGAACUCGUAUCUAUGUUGUUUUGCUGCAAGAAAUGACCAUGAAAGCCCACAGAGACGUUUACCACUCCGUCACUGAACGUUUCGAGAUUUUGUCGAAAGCCUGAAAGGGCGAAACGUUUCCCUCCUUCCGGGAGACGUCAAAUUCAAACGUCUCUUCCCCGAAUUCACGAACUUGUAGCAAAAGACUUUGACAUUCAUUCUGAACUCUCUGUGUGGUUCUCGUGUCGUUUCUCCAAUACUCUAUUAUCUGUAAUGAUGCCGAGAUAGAUAGAGCUGAGCACUUGAAAUUAUCUUCCAUUCAGUAAUGUCUGUAGCAUACAUAGCAACACUUCAAAAGGAGGCAAGUGAUUUUAGAAUAAGUGUUAAGUACCUUCAGUGGUCUUUUGCAGAGUAUGUGGAGUUUAUGUCAUUCUAAUGAGUUUAGCCCUACGUGGCCCAAGUAGCUCGAUUUUUGAGAGUAGGUAAUGCACAACCAUCUUUGAAUCCAGCCAAGAUAAUUUCUUGUUCUGCGAAGUUACCCUUGUGUUGUAUAAAGUACUGUGAUAGAUAUUUUUGCUUUAUAUAAUGAAAAAGGUGGUUCUGAUGAUUCUUGUCACUCAUUGCAAAGCAUGUACUGACAAUUUCCAACUUGAUUUGUUUCAAAGAAGCAGAAAUUAAUAAGAUGAAACUGAAGGUAAUUAUAUUUCUUUGGUAAUCUGAAUAUGUUUCUAGAAGAAAGUAAAUUCUAUGUACUCUUGCUUUUCAACUUUUAAAGACUGUUAAUUCAUGUUCAGUCAAACAACAGAAAUAGAAAAAAAAGAAGUAAAAAAAUCAUGCUGAGUCCUCCUCCUAGAUCGUGUAACGCACUUGAUGUUCCGAAACGUGUAUUAAAUAGCUGAAUAAAAGUAAAAAAUUAAUAACCUUUGCGUGCAAUAAGUCUUUCAAAUGUAGAGUAUAGUUCUGAGGGCAGCUUAUGAUAAUUAGGUUUCUUCAAACUCAGACACAUAUUUUUGUGAUUCUAACAUAAGACGCAUUCUGUUUGACCCCAAACAUGGAUUUGGUUCAGCGAUCCUGGUUGCGUUUCGUUGUUGGCUGUAAUUAACGCCAUUUCCUGUAAUGGAAGUUUUUCUCUUCCCCGAGAGCGAGCUUUCUCGUAGGAAAAUGUCAAAUGUAAAUUCUCAUCCCCUAAAGUUAUGGUUCAUGAGUUAUAAUUAUUUGUUAAAUGAUUUUUCUGACAAAAGAGGGGGUGAGUAAUGAACGCUCUCCUGGUAAAUAAGUGUAUUGGAUUUUUUUUCCCCACUUAAUUUGUCUUAAUUAAAAUGCAAUUCAGAGAAACCUAAGCCGAGGACGAUUUGAAGUCAACAGAGGGUCUUUUUUUUAUUAAGCUUGUGGUGUACAGUUUUUCUUUCUUUCUGUACAAAUGUACAUAGAAAAGGAGCGUCAUGAACAUAAAACAAGAAUAAAGGUUUGGUUGGCAACAAAUUAUAUCUGUGAUUCGUUUGGGUGCUUCGGGUGGGGUUAAUCCUCCUUGGCAUCUUAGCUUGUAAAUAUUGAUAUUGUAUAUUUAAUGUGUACAGGGAAAGUAAUUUUUGCACAUGUGCUACUUGAGAAUUUUAACGUGUAAAACUUGUGAUAUGUGAAAAUAAAAAUAAUCUAUGAA